AUGCCAGCGGUUCCCGAAUUGGGGACAAUCCAGAACUUUCUGCAGCAGCAAGUCAAACUGGACCUGUCGUCGGUGCGUAACCUGCAGGUGAACGUGUCGAGGAAUCAGGUCAUCAUCGAGACAACAACGCCAGAACAAGCUUUCCGCAUCGCUAGGGACCACAAUUCAAAGCACUUCAUUGUGCAUGAGAAGAAGCGGUUCCUAAUUCCGAUCUACGUGGAGGAUGGCACUAUCGAGGUUAAAGUCCACGAUUUGCCACCUCGAAUGCCAAAUCAUCUCAUCGAGGAUCAACUACAACAAUACGGGGAGAUAACUUCAAUCCACAACGAGGUAUGGCGCGACUUCUUCCCCGGUAUCCCGAACGGGGUGAGGGUCGUGCGGAUGAAAAUCAAAAAGCCGAUACCUUCAUUCGUCAAGAUUGAGGGUCUAUCGGCUCGCAUCAAAACACAUGGACAGCAACAGCACCAGAUCAGAUGA